AUGCGUUCCCAUCUCUCUUCGUCCCUUCUUCUUGCAGGGACCGCCUUGUCGGCGGUCUCGGCAGCCGCCGUUGACGGGAGGGGACAUCCUACAACGGAAUGCUCCAACGUGUCGUUCAAAAUCCCGGCAACCGCGCAAAACCUGGUAUUUGCCACACCUCCCGGUGCCAAUAACGAAACCGAGAUCCUCGCCUUCAUCAAGCAGUCCCUCACCACGGGUGAAGCUGUUAGCAGCACACAGAGAGUCAGCGGUGACUACGCCAUCAACGCCGUCUUCUGCCAGCCCACGGGCAAAACCAAGGCCCGCGGUGUGCUGGAGGUGCUGGUCCACGGCCUCGGCUUCGACAAGGCCUCGUGGGGAGGCCUCGGGUUUGGAGAUCAGUAUAACUGGCACGCCGGCGCAAACGCACGGGGAUACCACACGCUCGCCAUCGACCGCCUGGGCCAGGGCGCCGACGCAGCACACCCCGACCCCCGGAACAUCGUCCAGGCGCAGCUGCACGCCGAGAUCAUCCACCAGCUGAUUACUACCAUCCGCAAGAAUGCCAAGAACAAUGCGCUCGGCCAGGGGUUCGAUAAGAUUGUUUACGUCGGCCACUCGUUUGGCUCAAUUUUGGGGACGGCCGUGGGCCGGCAGUACCCCGCCGACGCCGACGUGACCGUGCUGACGGGGUACAGCUCGGCACCCAACCUCGGAGCCAUCAGCGGGUACCAGCUGGCGUCGGCGGCUUUGUUCCGGCCGCAGCAGUUCGCCGGGUACCCGCUCGGGUACACCAUGAUGCCGGUCGAGGCAGAGCGGCGGGCCAACUUCUUCGAGGGCGCCUACGACCCGGCGCUAGCGCACUUUGACUAUCUCACGCAGCGCCCGUCGACCGACGGCGAGUGGGCGACGCUCGCGGCGGGGGCGGGCCCCGGCGGGGGCGACUACCCCGGCGCCGUGUUCGUCGCCGCGGGCGUCUACGACGUCGGUGCCUGCCAGCCCCCGCUCGCAACAUGCCAAGAUAUCCUCAACAAGACCCGCCUCGCCUUUCCCAAGGCAAGGGCCUACGACUUCUUCGCGCCCGACAACACGGGCCACGCCCUGUCCCUGCACUACUCGGCGCCCGAGACGCUAAAGCGGGUGCAUGAUUUCUUGGACAGGCACAUCUAUUAG